AGCAGUGGAAAAGGAUGGAUUCUGAAGAAGAAAUGCUUAAAAGCUUAUUUCAGCAACAACAUGGAUUUUUAAUUUCAAAGAUUAUGUUUACUGCCUGUGAAUUGGGAGUAUUUGAUCUGCUGUUGGAGUCUGAAGAAACCCUGACCUCCACAGUUAUCGCUGAACGCCUGGGCACCAGCCAUGUAGGAAUGGAGAGGCUGCUGGAGGCCUGUGUGGGUUUAAAGUUACUAAGAAUUGAGAAGAAGGACAAUGAAGGUCUUUAUGGAAACACUGAACUUGCUAAUCUCUGCCUUGCUAAAUCAAGCCCAAAGUCCCAGUAUCAAUACAUGAAGUUACUCUCUGAUAUCUCCUAUCCAAGUUUGCAAUACUUGGCAGAAGCUGUAAGGGAAGGAAAAAACCAGAUUCAAUCAGUGUUUGGCACUUCAGAAAAAGAUUGGUUUAAGGUCAACUGCAGUUCAAAGGAAGAGCUGCAAAGAUUCUCCAGUGCCAUGGAGGAUGCUUGGAGUCUGUAUGGUGAGGAUGUAAUGUCUGCAUUGGAUCUGUCUUGUUUCCAUGUGGUUUGUGAUUUGGGAGGAAGUAGUGAUGCCCUUGCAAAAAAAUAUAUUUCAUUGUACCCAAAUUCCAAGGUGACUAUUUUUGACCUUCCUGAAGUGGUGGAAAGAGCAAAGAAUCUUGUGUCCUCAGAAGAACAGCGGAUUACUUUCCAGGGCGGUAAUUUUUUUAAUGAUCCAUUCCCUGAAGCUGAUCUGUAUAUAUUGGCUAGAGUUCUCCAUGACUGGGAUGAUGAGAAAUGUUUGACUCUACUAACUAAACUACACAAGGCCUGUAAACCUGGUGGUGGUGUAUUAAUAGUGGAAACAGUUCUCAAUGAAGACAGAAGUGGGCCUAUAGAAGCCCACAUCUACUCCAUGAGGAUGCUGCUUUAUACUGAAGGAAAAGAACGGACCCUAUCUGAGUAUAGUGGCCUUCUUGGUGCAGCUGGUUUCAAUGAGAUUCAGUUCAAGAAAAGAAAAUUCUUGGAUGUUGUUUUUGGAAGAAAAUAAUCUCUUCUUCAUUUUAUUCCAGACCUUAGCGGUGGGAAAGUUUCAGCUCAUUGGAUGUUGUUGGAUUCUGAUUCCUAUCAGACCCAGCCUAUUUUACUAUAUGAUGAGAGUAGAAGUUCAGUCAAAAAUGAAGAAACUAGGUGAGGGGAUAGAAGAAGAGAAAAUGAUGGGUAAAGGGGGAAGGAAUAAUAAAAAAAAAACAAGCGAGAGAAAAAAGAGUAAGAAAAAAAGACACACAACUAAUACACAGUAGGGAUUUGACCCUCAAUCCUGACUGUAAUGAAAAUAAAAAUUAAGAGAAAAAAAUAUUAUUCUACUAGUACAGACCCAACUAAUUAUUUCUGGCUAGCUUUAACUGGCCCCUAACAGUUAUUUCUGGCUAGUUCUAACUUUUUUUGGAUGAACAUAUAAAUCUUAGAUAUAUAUAUAAUUUUUGUAUCUAUGGACCACAUUCCCACCCCACCACCCCCAAUAUAGCUAUAUGAAUAUUGACUCUAAAAUUGCCAGCCCACUUUACCAUGUACUCUUUUAUGGGCUUAUCUUCUGUUUCUAGUUUCAGAAACCAUUUAUACACUCUUUAAAUCACAUGAUCGUAAUCGUUUGCUGUUGUU